AUCCGAACAAAAUCAAGCCCAUUAGCAGACUGAAAAUAUGAGCCUCCAGGCCCAAGAUAUAGCAUCAGCCAGCCAAAAUCCCAAGCCCAGUCAUCAAAGCCAUUGGUUCCCGCCAUUUUCACAUUGCCGCCUACCUCCAUUAUUAUCGCACACCCACACCGUCACUCUCUCCACCUCCAAGCUCGAGCAAACUACGGCAAAAAAACACAGAGGAAAAAAGGAAGGGAAAGAAAUAGAAGAGCGGCUAAAGAUGAGCACAAUGAGAAAUAAAGUGCAAAGAAAAUUCAAAAUGAGGGGUUACACCCUAAAAAUCGAAGCCCUAUCUGAAGUCCUAGGUUUCAUCGGCCGAUUUCCUGACGCCGAGGACGAAGCCCUCGAUCUCCUCCUGGACGAGCUUCAUCAUAUAUCACUGAAAUCCUCGAUACUGGAUAAGGAGCCGGUGCAGAAAGUAGUAGGACUUUUGCUGGAAGCUGAGGCUGCUGUGGAGGAGGGUCCCACGAGCAGUGGAUUUGGGUCCGGCGCAUCUGCUUUGAGAAUAAUUGAUGCUUUUGAUUUCCCGAAAUUCCGAUACGAUCCAAUCAAGAAAUUGUUUCACAAACACACAGGCAAGCUUCCAAUUCAUGGUGAUGCUUCUGCAAAGGUCAUAUUAUACAGAGAUAGGUUUCUUUUGUUGUCCCAGAGGCUCUCUCGUGACCCCCAUUUUUCUAGGCCCGUGUUUGGUAGCAAUAUCUCUGAAUACGGAAGCUGCCAGAUAUCCCAAAUUCAAUCUCUAGUUGGUCAGACAGGAAAGAGAUGGGUGAUGGGUCUCAUCUCUCAGCUGGAGGAUGGUCAUUUCUUCUUGGAAGACUUAACAGCUUGUGUUGAAGUUGAUAUAAUUACGACGGGUUUCUUUGCAGAAAACACUAUAAUCUUAGCAGAAGGCGAGAUGCUUCUGAAUGGAAUCUUUCAGGUGAAAACAUGUGGAUUUCCACCAUUAGAGGACCGAGAAAAGUCAGUUUCGACAUUUUCUGGGAUUGAUUUUUUUGGUGGCGGAUCGCUUACUAAAGAAGAGACUCUGAGACUUGUAGAGCUGGAAAGAGGUGCUGUCAACGACAUGUUUGUGAUACUCUCUGAUAUUUGGCUGGACAACGAGGAGACCAUGGAUAAACUCGAGAUGAUCCUCGGUGGUUAUGAGAAUGAAAAUAUCGUUCCCUCUCUGUUUGUUUUCAUGGGAAACUUCUGUUCUCGUCCAUGUAACCUUUCUUUUAGUUCUUACUCAAGCAUCAGAUCUCAGUUUGGGAAGCUAGGAAAAAUAAUAGCAUCUCAUCAGCGUCUUAAAGACAACAGCAGAUUUCUGUUUAUUCCUGGUCCUGAUGAUAUAGGACCUUCAAAUGUUCUGCCUAGAUGCUCACUACCAAAAUACAUAAUCGAAGAGCUUGAAAAUCACAUUCCAAAUGCAGUGUUUUUAAGUAAUCCUUGCAGAAUGCGUCGAUCAUGUCUGAUGCCUCCUUCAGCUGAAGAAACAAGUGAUCCUUUUGAGCAUCUUGUUGCUACUAUAACACAUCAAAGCCAUCUGUGCCCUCUGCCUUUGAGUGUACAACCAAUCAUCUGGAAUUUUGAUCACUGCCUUCAUUUAUAUCCAACUCCGCAUACGAUAGUAUUAGGGGAUAAAAGUGAGCAGAAGGCAUUCAAGUAUACAGGAAUCACGUGCUUUAACCCCGGUUCAUUCUCAAACGACUUCACUUUUGUUGCAUAUCGGCCUUGCUCUCAGGAAGUUGAAUUGUCAGCUGUGUAAGUUCAUACACCAGUGAUGGAAUGCACAUUAUAUGUGUUCUUAGAAAAAAAAUGAAUUUGUAAAGCAACACGAGAAGGCUACCAUGCUAACAAACACUAGAACAAUAGAGAUAAAAUUAGAGAGGUUUGUUUUUGAAUUUAUGAGUUAUGUUUCUGUUGUAUUAUGUCCCAAAGCAAAUUUAUUUUGUUUCUGUUUUCCUUAAAAAUAUGACAUUAUUUAUUAUUGUCAUGUAACACCACUAAUUUUCAGUAUGCAACUCUAUGAACGUUAUAUUAUAAUCCAAAAAUUUGGAGCUCAUUUAGAACAUUCGAGUCAAGUGAAAUCUAAUGUUGGGUCUUACAUAAAGGUCCGUGUUAUGGAGUCGAAGCCAAUUCAGAUAGGGUUCUGAAUUGUGCUACUGAGAGGCUGUGUUGUUAGAUACAAAGCUCCAUAGUAUAUAAUUGCCAUAUUCCUGGAUAAACACCUGCUCUGGAAACAAGCAAAUCUUGGUCUUUGCGAAUAAGAUUAAUACUGGUCUUAGCAAAUAAGAGGAGUGCAAACUUUAAAUGUAUAUAACUGAUCGUGGGGAGAACAUAGUUUGAGUUAACGAAAUAUAUCUGAAUUUUCCAAGGACCUGUAUGGCUCUUAUAGUUUGAUUAGGUUCAUGAGUGUCUUCUCAGAAUAUGUAUAUGAUGGGUUCAGAAAAACUGAUUAAUCAUUGAGUUACUAAAAAUAGGGAUAUAGUAAUCUGUCUAUGGACAGUGAUAAUCGAGAAAAAUAUUCUUUUUUGUGCGAUUUUUUUCCUUACCCUAAGCACUUGGAUGAUCCGAAUAACAUAUAAAAAAGAUUGAGAUAGGUGCGAUAAUUACAACUUUCUCAUGAAUAGUAAAACAUAUGUUGUGAGAACAGUAAGGCUACAACAACCAUACUUUUUUAACAGAUGUACAUACUUCC